AUGAAGGUGCUGGACAAUGCCAUCGACAUUCUCGAGCAGUCCAUUACGCUGUUUGAGGAGAUUCGCUGGGCGCUGGAGAACAGUCAGGACGCCGACCGGCGCCAGCGGUUGACGGCGGUGGCGAAGUCGCUGUCGAAUGCGCUGCAGCUGUGCCUCGCCUCGCUGCCCAGCCACCGGGAGAUUGACGACGCCAUUCGCACCGUCAACGAGAGCAGCCGCUCCAUCGGCCACGAGACCUACUCCGGGCGGUCGUACCUGGACCUUCAGAACAGCAUCUCCGCGGCCGCCUCCAAGCUCAACGAGUCCACCUCGGAGGUGAUCGACGGCUCGCGCAGUCCCUCUCAGCUGGCGCCCGCCUCCAAGGGCUACACCGCCCACUACAACCAACUGCUGGGGCUGGGCAAUGAGCUGGCCGGACAGACCAGUGACCCGCACGUCCAGCAGCAGAUUGUCUCCUCUCUGCAGAAUCUCUCCGCCUCCUCAGCCAAGUUCCUCCAGUCUGCGAAGGCCGUCUCCUCUGACCCGAACGCCCCCAAUGCGCGCAGUCAGCUGGCCUCCUCUGCCCGUUCGGUGACGGAGAGCAUCAGCAAUCUGCUGGAGGUGUGCUCGCUGUCCGCCCCCGGGCAGAAGGAGUGCGACGCCGCCAUUCAGAACAUUCAGAUGAUGCGCUCCCACCUGGACAACCCCUACCAGCUGAACGGCUCCACCUACUUCGAGUGCCUAGAGCUGGUGACGGAGAAGAGCCGCCUGCUGGGAGACGCCAUCACCGGCAUUGCCAACCACGCCCGCAAGAGCGAACACGAGCACUUUGGGCGGUCGGUGAAGGAGGCCUCUGAGUCGAUUUGCGGCCUGCUGGAAGGGGCCACCCAGGCGGCCUACCUCAUCGGUGCCUCCGACCCGAGCAGCGUCGCCGGCAAGCCAGCCAUCAUCGACCUGAACCUGCUGCAGCGCUCCAGCGACACCAUUCACGGCGCCUGCCAGCAGCUCAUCUCGCCCAACACCACCCGUGACCAGUUCAUCCGCUCCGCCACGGAGAUCGCCAAAUCCACCUCGGCGCUGUGCAAUGCCUGCCGAGUGGCCUCAACCAAAACCACCAACCCCAACUCGAAGCGAAACUUUGUGCAGUCGGCGAAGGACGUCGCCAAUGCCACCGCCGCUCUGAUCAAGGAGAUCCGUCCGCUGGAUGAAAACAAUGCACAGCACGUCAAUGAGAACUGCCGACACGCGACGCGGCCGCUGCUCGAGUCGGUGGAGAACCUGCUCUCCUUUGCCAGCUCGCCCGAGUUUGCGCCGGUGCCGGCAAAGAUCAGCACAAAGGCGCGCUCUGCCCAGGAGCCAAUUACCUCCUACGGCAAGUCGAUCAUCGACGCCUCCUCCUCGAUGAUCAUGUCGGCCAAGUCGCUGGCGCUCAACCCGAAGGACCCGCCCGGGUGGCAGACGCUGGCGAAUCACAGCAAAAACGUCAGCGACUCCAUCAAAAAGUUGGUCACCUCGAUUAAGGACGCCUCGCCGGGGCAGAACGAGUGCGACGACGCACUGGAAAAGAUACGCAUCUGCAUCAACGAACUUGAUCAGUCGUCACUUGAUGCGAUCAACAAGACGAUGCGAACUCGAGACGACAACAACCUGAAGGGCUUCAGAGAGGCGAUCUGCGCUUCUGCCUCCGAAAUUGAGGAGCACACUGACGGCGUGCGAGUGGCAGGCAAGUCGCAGGCGGAAAAGCUGGGACACGCCAUCACGCAGAUGAUUUCCUACUUUGACCCGCUCGUCUCCAACUCCAUUGGCUGCGCCUCGAAGAUCAUCGACGCCAAACAGCAGAACCAGAUUCUCGACAAGGCGAAGGUCAUCUGCGAGUACGCCCUCCAGCUGAUCUACUCGGUGAAGGAGUGCGGCGGCAAUCCGAAGGCCUCCUCCAUUCACGCGGAGAUUGACGACUCCAGCGCCGACAUGAAGGGCGCCAUCAGGGACCUGCUGCACCUGCUUGAGCUGGCCGCCUCUGCCGAUGGUCAGGUGAACAGCAUCAUUGAGUCGAUCACCAAGUCCAUCAGCCGUAUUGAUGAGCGCCAGUACGGCUACACGAACGGUUCCUCGCCGGAGGGAAUGGCCUACGUCGACUACCAGACGAGGAUGGUCAACUAUACCAAAGAAAUUGCCAAAAUUGCCCAGGACAUGGUGGGAAAGUCUUCCCAGGUGUCCCAGCUGGGCGCUCUAGUGACAAAGCUCUCGCACAACUACGCUAAUCUCGCCAGUGAUGUCAAUGGAAUUUCAAGUGCCACAAAUAAUGUAGAGAUUGCCUCUCGUGUGAAGGGCAGCGUCCAAGAGCUGGGCUCCUCGUGCAUUGAGAUCACCAAGUGCGCCGGCUCGUGUCAGGUGAACCCGGGUGACAGUUACAGCCAGCGGGAGCUGGCGGAGAGUGCCCGCAAUGUCUGUGAGAAGGCCAGUUUCGUGCUGGCCGCUCUGCAGGCCGGCUCCCGGGGCACUCAGGCGUGCAUUCACGCGGCCAACUCAGUGCAGGGCAUCAUCGGCGACAUUGACACGACCAUCAUGUUCGCCACCUCGGGCACGCUCAACUCCGAUGACCCGAAUGACGCCUUUGCCGUGCACAAGGACGAGAUACUGAAGACGGCGAAGGCGCUGGUAGAGGACACAAAGACACUGGUGGCAGGGGCUGCUUCCAGUCAGGAGGCCCUGGCCGUGGCCGCCCAGAAUGCCGUCACCACCAUCACUCAGCUGACGGAGGCAGUCAAGUACGGCGCCGCCACACUGGGCUCCAACAACUCGGAGGCGCAGGUGAUGCUUCUCAACUCGGUGAAGGAUGUCGCCAUUGCGCUCAAUGAGCUCAUUGAGGCCACCAAGACGGCCUCAGGAAAGAACAUUAACGAUCCGGCGAUGAUGCACCUCAAGGACUCAGCAAAGGUGAUGGUCACAAAUGUUACAUCGCUGCUGAAGACGGUGAAGACGGUGGAGGAUGAACAGCAGCGCGGCACGCGAGCCCUUGAGGCGACCAUUGAUGGCAUUGACAGCGAGAUUCGCAAUUACGAAACUGGUAACAUGUACAUAAUGCAGGAGGUGACGCCGGAGCACCUGAUUCGCAUCACCAAGCCGGUGACGCUGGCCACUGCAAAGGCCGUGGCCGCGGGCACCAGCGGCAAACAGGACGAUGUGAUUGUGGUGGCGAACAUGGGCCGAAAGGCCAUCCACGACCUGCUGAUGGUCUGCCGGGCGGCGGCCAAUCUGGCGGACAGUGAGGACCUGAAGAGUCGCAUCCUCGAAUCGGGCAAGGACUGCGCCGCCAACUACCAGGAACUGCUGAAGAUGAUUUUCCACAUUCUCCAGCGACCAAUGUCGGCGACUGAGCUGAAGCACCAGCUGACGAUGAUGUCUCGCACCAUCGCCCAGUCGGUCACUGACAUUGUCUCCCUUGCGGAGAUGCUGAAGGGCGUCGACUGGGUCGACCCGGACGAUCCGACCUUCAUUGCAGAGAAUGAACUGCUCGGAGCUGCCUCCUCCAUUGACCUGGCGGCCAAGAAGUUGGCCAAUCUGCAGCCUCGCCAAACUAGCGUCAAGCUUCCCGACGAGGACAUGAACUUUGAUGAGAUCAUCCUCGAGGCGGCCAAGUCGAUCACCAACGCGACUGCGCUGCUGAUCAGAGCGGCCUCCACGGCGCAGAAGGAGCUGAUCGCCACCGGGAAGAUCGACCAGAACUCGUCGCACCUCUCCGACGACGGCCAGUGGUCGGAGGGGCUCAUCUCCGCGGCCCGGCACGUGGCCGCCGCGACGCACAGUCUGGUGGAGGCGGCCAAUUCGCUGGUGCAGGGACAGGCGAGCGAGGAGAAGCUCAUCUCUGCGGCGAAGCAGGUGGCCAGCUCGACGGCGCAGCUGCUGGUCGCCUGUAAGGUGAAGGCCGACCCGGAGUCGCAGGCGAUGCGCCGCCUGCAGGUGGCCGGCAAUGAGGUGAAGCGGGCGACGGACAAUCUGGUACGGGCGGCGCAGCAGGCCAUCGAACAGGAGGAGGAGCAGAGUCUGGUGAUCAGCAAGCGGCGCGUGCAGGGCAUCACACAGGAGAUCCUCGCCCGGGAGGACAUCCUCAAGAAGGAACGGGAGCUGGUGGAGGCGAGGGAGAAGCUGGCGGCCAUCAACCGCGCCAAGUACGGAAAUCGGCCGCCGGAUGAAAAGGAUUAUUCUUACUCUGCUCUUAACUCCUCCGUCAACUCCUACGGCACUAGCUACAGUUACUACUCCUCCUCCAGCGAGACGCACCAACAAGGCGGCAAUUGA